AUGGCGCGCCUCCCCUCGUAUCUCCUGCCGGCGACCGUAUGCCUUCUCACAUAUGCCGUCCCCACAUACGCUCAUGGUGGACAUGAUCGGAUACCGGAGGGCGAAGCCAUCUCACCCGAUCCCAUCGACUCGAUACUGUGGAUGCACAUUCUGCUCAUGACUCUCUCUUUCGGCCUGCUCUAUCCGCUGGGCAUGGUCCUCGGUAUCAUACGCUCACGAUGGCACGUUCCUCUGCAAAUCCUGUCGUCCGCCAUUGCCACUGUUGCAUAUUUCAUGGGCCAUAUGCACAAGGGCCGACAGUUCCGCAAGCCCAACAUCCACGCCUCAUUUGCACCGUCCAUCGUUCUGAUGACGAUUGUUCAGGUGGCUAUCGGCGUAGGACUGAAGCUACAUCUUGAAGAAAAGAAAGGAUUCCUGGGGAAAAUCUUUGGCUCGCAGUCUGGCCGCUCGGGCCGAAGGAUUGUGGUUAUUGUGCACUCGUUGCUUGGAAAGAUGAUGCCCGCGGUAGCAUGGGUACAGAUGGUGUUCGGUGGUAUCACCGCCAUGGGGUACUGCCGUGGCGAUAACCUUGGGCAGUGUCUGGCUCACUAUAUCAUGGGCUCUGCUUUUAUUGGCUACGGCAUUGUCAUGUCCAUCUUGCUCCUCGUAGGACAAGCAUGGUUACGACGUACUGGCAAAUCCCAAGAGUUCUUUGAUUCAAUCGUCAUCGCUGCCUGGGGUUGCGUCAACACGUUCACCGAGCACCGAUGGGGCCAUCCCUGGGUCGCGAACGACCUGCAACACACGUCCAUGGGUAUCGUUUGGUGGUGCGCUGGCCUCUUGGGCAUUUGGCUAAGCCGAAGCAGACGAGGUGCCCCUCGUCGCAAUGUCCUUCCGGGCAUCGUGAUCCUCAUCACUGGUUGGGCGAUGAGCGCGCAUCCGCAAUCGGUGCCGCUGAGCACCAUGGUACAUACCGUUUUCGGCUACACGCUAAUGGCUGCUGGCGCAACGCGUAUUGUCGAGAUCUGCUUCACCCUCAAAGACUCUAGGGGAGGCAGCGAGCCCAGCGCGUGGCAGCAUCUUCCGCCUUUCCUACUUUAUGCCUCUGGCCUCCUUUUCAUGGGCGCCACACAAGAACAGAUGGAGCUCCUCUCCGCCCACGGCAUCUCUCACGUGUCUUAUAUCCUAUUACUCUACUCGAUCGCUUUCCUCAUGUAUCUCUUCAUCAACAUACUACUACACAUCUAUGCCGUGGCCACCUGGCCCGAUGAUGAGUCCAAUGGCGUGCUCGCCGCGCGUGCAACGACCGGCAGCAUCCCUCCGCACCGUGGUCUCAGUCUCGGUGGAGCACCUGUACCACGGCUGCAGCCGGCUGGCAUGCACAGCCGCAAAGCAAGUGCGUUGACGUACUCAGACAUACCGCUAAUGGGCAUGAACGGCGCACCAAGGCACAUCUCAUCCCGCAUGCCUCGUCACAGGGCGACGGACAGCCAGCAGGUCAGAGACGCAGAGGAGUUUGAGCUCGAGGGGCUGAUGAGCGAAGACGAGGCCGGAGGAAGUGGUGAGACGGGGCUGACGAGCCCAUUGAGUGAGGAUCUGCAGCCAAAGGAGAGGACCAAGAUUGGAAGUGGCGUGUAG